AUGCCCAGACCUUGCCAAGUCGUGAAAGGCCAAGGUCCUCAAAACUUUCGUCGCCGCCUCAAGCUGGACUGCCCUAGUCAUAACAUCCACUCCGGCAACCUUGCUCUCAAGCCAAAGACCAAUCCGAAGAGUGUGUCCGGCGCCCUGGCCUCUUUCCUCCAAGGCCCCGGCCUCCCGAGACGUCGAGAGGUUGGUGAAACCGUUCCGAACGCGCCACUGAGCGGUACCCGUGCCGUCGCCACCAGCUCCCAGCAGGGUCAGGCCGUCGCGGACGUAGCGGGCCGCCCGGGAGAACCUGUUGAACAACACAGCCCUGCCCCUGCCGUGUCCGAGGCUGCGAAGCCCACCACCAAGUCGAAGCGGAAGAGCGGCACCACGCGCAACCCGCGUGCGAAGAACUUCGUCAAACGUCCGCCCGCGGGCCCAAGCCCCCACACUUCCGUCGGCCCUGCUCCGCUGUCAGCACCGCAAGCAACUGGCAGUGCCGUGGAUUCGUCCACUCGUCGUGGUCUCGAGCCGGGCUUGGACCCCCGUGCCGCCGUCUUCGUCCCCCGCGCAAAGCCUGAGCAUACGUCAUAG